GCUUUGUUAUAGUCGGUACCCUUCGCGCACCUUGCGCCUCCGACAAACCGCGCGUGUCGCAUUUUGUGACUGCAGGCGGCCGCAUCACGUGCCGCGUAAUCCGCGCGUAUCGUUGAAAUGUGAGGAGCCACUUGCUGAUCGGACAGCGGCCGGCCGCGAGCCCCAUAAAAGCGCCGCGCUGCCAUGCACGACGGCUCGAUGCGCGUGCCCUCCAAGUGCGUCUUGGCGCUGCUCGUGGGCGCCGUCCUCGUCGCCGUGUACGUGCUGCUGCCCGGCAGGAGGAGCAGCGCAAUGCCCUCAGCGGCGCGUGCCGAACCCCCCGUCAUCCUCAUGUGGACACCGUUCUUCCGCGACCAGGUGUGGAGCGCGGAGCUUAAGCCCUCCGCGUGCGGCGGCGACCCGCCAUGCGUGCGUACGUCGAACCGCAGCGCACUGGGCGCGAGCGCGCUGGUCGUAUUCCACCUUCGCGACGUGCGCGCCGACGACUUGCCGCCGGAGCGGCCGCCCGGUCAGCGUUGGGCGCUCUUCACCCACGAGUCACCCGCCUACGAGUCUUGGCUACCGGACGCACUGCGGGGUGCCAUCAAUUGGACGGCCACGUACCGCUCGGACUCGGACGUCAACGUGCUGCCCUGGUUGCAGAAGGUGGCCCGCCCAACGCUGCCUGCGCGCAACUGGUGGGCCAACAAGACCCGCCAUGCCCUGUGGUUAGUGAGUAACUGUAAGACGUUCAGCAACCGUGAGGGUUUCGUGCGGGAGCUCAGCAAGUUCAUCCAAGUGGACGUGGUGGGUGCGUGUGGCGCCAAGGGUGGCCCCUCAUGCUUGCCCAAGAUGGCGGAGCGCUGCUACCACCAGGCGUCCGAGACCUACUACUUCUACCUGUCCCUAGAGAACUCCAUAUGCACCGACUACGUCACCGAGAAGUUCUUCAAUGCCCUCAACUGGGGUAUGGUGCCCGUGGUGCUGGGCGGCGCCAACUACAGCCGCAUAGCGCCGCCAGGUUCUUACAUCGACGCCCUGGCCUUCCGGAACGUGCGCCAGCUCGCCGAGCACAUGAAGCUCGUGGCGUCGGAUAUGCGCCUGUACAACAGCUACCACGCAUGGAGGCAAAACUACUCGUACGCUUGGGAGCACUUCGGGUGCGGCUUCUGCAGAAUGCUGCAUAACUCCUCUGCGUCGGUCAAAGCGUACAGUGAUUUCAAUGAGUGGUGGUUCAAUCAAGCUCGCUGUUAUACGUGGAAGAAAACAUUUAGAUACGGCAGCGUCGGGGCUUAGUGCGGACGAUAUAUAGCAACUUACGCGCAGUUUACUUGUUGGACAGUUUUAGAAUAACGUACGCAACGUUCGUUAUAGAUAUCUAUAUAGGGCUCCCUGUUAUCGGGCAAAUUUGAAAAAUUCCGAUAAAUACUCGCGAGUAAAACUUUUAGACACAUUCUACUUACCCGAUGAACUCCUAUUUUAACGGUCAACAUAAUCCUGUUUCCUUCUUUAUUCAGUGGUCGUACAAUUGCGCCAUAAUUACAUGUCCCGGCGUCUUGCUGCGCACAUUCCAGUAUACAGCUUGCGCUAACCGUGCGCCGAAGUUGACUUUACGUGGCAUCGCACCAUUUGAGGCCCAAACAUAUUCUUUGUCGCAACAAACACUCCUAGAGAUUUUCCAUAAUGCCGCUGAUACUACUCGAGCCAUUGCAGCGAUGCGCUUUUUGCGAUUAUAUUCAGCCUAUCAAAAGUCCGCACCGCCGCGUGUGCCCCCGUUGUUUGCCUGUCGUCGAUAGUCUCUCAUUUAUUGGGGAACUGGCGAUAACACGUUGAAAAAUAAUUCAUAUCGUUCUCGCGCAAGUUACUACGUGGACUGUAGACGCCGCGGCCAAGCGGGACAGCUAUCGUCACUGCGCAUUGUAGACGUCUUAUUCACACAGAUAAAGAUUCGGCCGUGGGAAAUUAAGUUUGAUAUUUCGCAAUAAAAAUAGACGCUUCUUGACCAC